UUUAAGAGGGGGGGGGGCUUCGGCUGGUUCCGGACUCAUUCAUAAACAACACGAACUCCUCCGAGGCGGAACCGAGCCUGCACAGCGAGCGGACCGGAUGCGAGGGAAGAGCGGGAUCCAGACCUGCUCGGCUCGGCUCGGCUCGGCUCGGCUCGGUGACUUCCAUGGCUGACCCCGCUGCUGACCGGGGCUGACUGGAUGUGUGAGCCGACCGGAGGCAGCUCGAUCCGGGCCACAGCGGCGCCCGCUCCCCGGGACUCUCCGCUCCGCGCUUCCGCCUCGAGUUAACCAGUCCGCCGCUCCGUCCUCCGGUUCUGACCCGCGUUUGAAUCUCUAUUCUCGGCGUGUGUCAAUGAGCAGUCUCCCGCGGAGCCGCGGAGCUCACACGCCGAUGGAGCAGUGAGUCAUGGCCGCCAAAGAGGACCUGUACGCCAAAGUGACCCCGCGGAGGCAGCGCCAGACCCGGCCCAACACCGUCAAACAUGGGUCGGCUCUGGACGUGCUGCUGUCCAUGGGCUUCCCCAGAACCAGGGCUCUGAAGGCUCUGGUGUCCACAGGAGGGAAGAACGUCCAGGCGGCGUGUGACUGGCUCUUCUCCCACGUCGAUGACCCGUUCCUGGACGACCCUCUGCCCAGAGAGUUUGUGUUGUACCUGCGACCCAGCGGGCCGCUGCUCCAGCAGCUCUCACACUUCUGGCAGCAGUCCCGCGUGUCCUGCGGCAAGAACAAGGCGCACAACAUCUUCCCGCACAUCACGCUGUGUCAGUUCUUCAUGUGCGCUGACGGGAAGGUGGAGGCUCUGUCCGACGCUCUCCAGGCCACCGUGGCUACGUGGAAGUCUCGUAUACCCGCGCCGCUCCCACUGGAGCUCUACACCUCCUCCACCUUCAUCGGGCUCUUCGUGGAGGAGGAGGUGGCCGAGGUGCUGAAGGGGUUUGCUGCUGACUUUGCAACUGAAGCUGCAGCUAAAGCAGACGUUCGUGUGGAGCCUCAUAAGAAGCAGCUUCACGUCACAUUGGCGUAUCACUUCCAGGCCGGUCACCUCCCGGUUCUGGAGAAGUUGGCCAAAAACGUGGACGUGUCGUCAGGCUGCGAUUGGCUGGCUGUGCUCUUCUCGCGGGACAUUCGCUUUGCAAACCACGAGACGCUCCAGGUGAUGUACCCGUACGCGCCUCAGAACGACGACGAGCUGGAGCUGGUGCCCGGAGACUUCAUCUUCAUGUCUGCGGUGGAGCAGAGCAGCGCCAGCGAGGGCUGGCUGUACGGCACCUCGCUGGGCACCGGCCUGUCGGGGCUCCUACCUGAGAACUACGUGAACCGGGCCGAUGAGUCCGACACCUGGGUCGUCCACGGCUCUCACUCUGUUCUGAACUGUGCCUCUCCGUCGAGCUCCGGCAGCUCUGUGGCUGCUUCACUGUUUGAUGGGAAGCUGAGCGACAGUCUGCUCGACAGUCUGAUGGAUCCUUGCAGCCUCGCCGGCAUCUGUCCUCUGCAGGUGUCGAGGCCGAUGUCUUCGUCCUCCCUGUCCAAGAUGAGACUGUUUGUGUGUCGCCAUGGCGAGCGGAUGGACGUGGUGUUUGGGAAGCACUGGGUCGCUCAGUGCUUUGACUCCAAAGGCCGAUACAUUCGCUCUAACCUCAACAUGCCGCCCAGCCUGCCGGCGAGGAGCGGAGGUCACCGGGACUACGACAAAGAUUGUCCAAUUACUGUGUUUGGCUCCACCCAGGCCCGGCUUGUAGGUGAAGCUCUGUUGGAAAGCCACGCAGCAAUAGACUUUGUUUACUGCUCUCCGUCUCUUCGCUGCGUUCAGACCGCUCAGCACAUCCUGCAGGGUCUCCAGCAGGACGGAAAAACAAAGAUCCGUGUGGAACCCGGAUUAUUCGAAUGGACCAAGUGGGUGUCCGGCACGUGUCUGCCCACCUGGAUCCCUCCAGCUGAGCUGGCCGCUGAUAACCUGAGUGUGGACACAACAUACAGACCUCAUGUUCCCAUAAGCAAGUUGGCGGUGUCGGAGUCGUACGACACCUACAUCAGCAGGAGCUUCCAAGUGACCCGAGAGAUCCUGGCAGAGUGCAACAACCUGGGAAACACGGUCCUGAUCGUGGCCCAUGCUUCCUCCCUCGAGGCGUGCACUCGCCAGAUUCAAGGCCUCACUCCCCAAAACUCCAAGGACUUUGUCCAAGUUGUCCGAAAGAUUCCAUACUUGGGUUUUUGUGCUUGUGAAGAAAUGGGAGAGACCGGGGUGUGGCAGCUGGUGGACCCGCCCAUCCUGCCUCUGACUCAUGGACCCAACCACAGCUUCAACUGGAGGGAGAUGCUCAUGCAGGACUGAUGAAGCUAACGUGCCCUCUUCACUUCUGAAAUAUUUAUUUUUAACCCACACUGCUCCAAACCCGACUACCAAAAAUCAAAAACUCGUGUGGCUUCCGUCAAAGACUUCAGCUCAGGAUGAAUGUCCGGUUUGUGUGGAGGUCACAGAGCGGGCGGAGGUCUCCGUCCACGCUCCACCAGGUGCUGCAAGAAAUCUGGAUGUUUCUCGAUGGUUGCUGAUGAAUCAGGUUUUUAUUCUGCCGUGAGAAGGCGUCAUUGAGCUCCGUCUGUGCGGCGCCCUCCUCAGGCGGGGGGCGGUGAAGACUGCUGCCUUCUUACACACUGUGACGAGAGAGAGAGAGAGACAGAGAGAGAGACAGAGAGAGACACAGAGAGAGAGAGAGAGAGACACAGAGAGAGACAGAGAGAGAGAC